AUGAUUGGGUCACUCUUGUAUCUUACCGCCAGUAGGCCUGAUAUUGUGUUCAGCGUGGGAUUAUGCGCUCGAUUUCAAACUAGUCCCAAAGAAUCUCAUCUCCAAGCUGUUAAAAGAAUUCUCAGAUAUUUAAAAGGAACCACUGAUUUAGGACUAUGGUAUCCAAAGGGAAGUAACUUCGAAUUAGUAGGGUAUGUCGAUGCAGAUUAUGCUGGUUAUCUAGCAAACAGAAAACAUACCACAGAUACUCAUAAAAGUCUUACUUCUAACCCAUCAGUGAAGGCUCCAGUUCGAGUGACUCGAUUUGUACAGCGUACUCGGGAUGCAAUGCUUCUUGCUAAGUCGACUAAGAAAACUCGCUCGGUGCAAAGUAAGUUUGUUCUCCCUUCUAAUCCUAUAGAGAUUGAUGAUGAUGACAUUAUUGGACCCAAAAAGAGUAGAAAACAAAAAAGAAAUACAUCUAAACCAGAAUAA